GGCACCCUCGACGGAGGUGGAGGAGGUAGACCGUCCGAUCAAGAUCUAGUUGGGAGGAGUGAAGGACACACCGGAUCCGACGUCGUUUUGAGCAUGAUGGUGGUCCAUCUCACCUUGACGUCAUGGUUUCGUGGGGUUGGGGCCCACUUCGAGCAGGAAAUCCACGUAAGGCUUCAGAAAAAAGCCGAGAGAUACAAUCACAUGUUGCCGUUCUCAGAAAUGGUCCCCCACGUGGAUCUGCAAAUUCAAUCAUGAGAGUUCAGUUCGCUAAAUCCAGCCUUUAACAUACAGUUGGGCCUCUCAAUCUUAUGGAUGGCCCAUGUUGUCGACUUUCAUUUGGGCUUUCGGCCCAGUCCAGUUUUAUAAACAUUAAACACCCUAUUACUCCAAGAAUUUUGGAAAUGUGUCCAAAAGUUCCAAAAGCAGAUCGACAAGAAACAUCGCCCAAACCUUCACCUCCUUCGAUCUUCACCAUUGUCAUCUUCUUCAUUUCAUCCUUCCCAUUCAAGUCACGUGGCAAGCACUCGCAGUUUCUCUAUCAAACUCAGUUCACCUCCUUCUCCGCCGCCGCUCCCCAACCCCUGCGGUGCCCAUUUCUAGAAAAUCCUCUGUGAAUUAGCGUUUCCAAGAUGAAAUCUGAAGCACUGACUUUAAUGUUGAUCAAUUUGGCCGCUGUUAUGGAGAAGGCCGACGAGUCCUUGUUGCCUGGAGUCUAUAAAGAAGUUGGGGCGGUUCUGCACACCGAUCCCACUGGGUUGGGUUCCCUAACCCUCUUCAGAUCUAUUGUGCAGUCCUCUUGUUACCCUUUAGCUGCUUACUUAGCUGUGCAUCACAACCGUGCCCAUAUCAUCGUUCUUGGUGCUUUUCUCUGGGCCGCUGCCACUUUCCUCGUUGCCCUUUCCUCCACAUUCUUACAGGUUGCAAUUUCCAGAGGUUUAAAUGGUAUUGGUCUUGCCAUAGUGAUACCAGCCAUCCAGUCCCUAGUGGCUGACUCCACUGAUGAUAGUAACCGUGGCUUAGCUUUUGGAUGGCUACAACUAACGGGAAAUCUUGGUUCCAUUAUUGGUGGGCUUUGUUCUGUAUUAUUAGCCUCCACGUCUUUCUUAGGGAUCCCAGGAUGGAGAAUUGCCUUCCAUCUUGUUGGACUGAUGAGUGUCAUUCUUGGUGUACUAGUAUGGGUUUUUGCAAAUGAUCCACGCUAUUCUGUGAUUGAUGGAAGAGUUAAGGAUCAAUCAAGGAAGCCAUUGUGGUCAGAAUUGAAGGAUCUUGUUAAAGAAUCAAAGUCAGUUUUAGGGAUCCAAUCUUUUCAGAUAAUUGUUGCUCAGGGUGUUGCUGGUUCAUUUCCUUGGUCGGCUUUGUCAUUUGCUCCUAUGUGGCUUGAACUUGUGGGGUUUUCUCAUGAGAAAACAGGGUUUCUAUGGGCUCUUUUUAUAAUUGCUGGCUCAUUGGGUGGCCUUUUUGGAGGAAGAAUGGGGGAUAUUCUGUCAAAGCGCUUUCCUAAUUCAGGAAGAAUUGUUCUAUCUCAGAUAAGCUCAGGUUCUGCCAUUCCUCUUGCUGCAAUUUUGCUCCUGGCUUUGCCAGAUGAUCCAUCCACUGGAUUCUUGCAUGGACUGGUUUUGUUCAUAAUGGGGUUUAGCAUGUCGUGGAAUGGACCAGCAACUAACAACCCAAUAUUUGCUGAGAUAGUCCCAGAGAAGUCGCGCACGAGUAUUUACGCUAUGGAUCGAUCAUUUGAGUCGGUUCUGUCAUCGUUCGCUCCUUCGGUUGUAGGAGUUCUGGCACAGCAUCUUUAUGGAUACAAACCAGUAGCAAGAGGAUCCUCUGAUUCUGCCCAGAUUGAAAGUGAUAGAGAGAAUGCAAAAUCACUGGCCAGAGCACUCUACACAGCCAUUGGUAUUCCGAUGUUGGUGUGCUGCUUCAUCUACUCUUUCCUGCAUCGUUCAUAUCCAAGAGACCGAGAGCGAGCUAGAAUGCAGGCCUUGAUAGAGUCUGAAAUGCUGCAUAUGGAGGCAUGCUGUUCACCUCUGUAUAAGCGAGACAGUGAGUUUCAGAUAUCAGUGGGGAAAGAUGUUGAUGAUGAGGAUCAAACAGAGAUCGAUCUAAUCUAUGGAAUUGAUGACAGUCUUGAUUUCAAUGAUGACAAUGAUGAAAAGCAUCUUCACAGUUUCUGAUUCAAAAAUGUAGAUCAACGUGAUUGGAAGCAGCACUUGGUGCAGAUUUUAUGAGCAAGAAAUACUAUCUUCAAUGAUACGAAACCUUUUGGAGAAACCAAAAGUAAAAUUAUAAGAGUUCUAGAACAAGAUAAGAAGUUCGGUGCCACGAAUCCACCUUAAACAUAUCUGAAAUCGCUUUCCCCUAUCUUUUUCAUUUUAAAGUAAAACAGGUAACAAAAUGAGGCAAUGUCUUCAUUUACAAGUGCACAUGGAGAGG